UUGGUUUUGUUUGGAGACAUAAAUUGAGACGAAAGUAACUUCAAGAAUUUAUUGAUCCUCAUCGGAUUUUGCGUUGAAGCGUCUUAUUUAUGAUAGUUGUAACUCACUGUCUCUGUCUGUACCGUAAAACAAAAACAAAAAUCCUUAAAUGUUGAAGUUGCAGUAUAACUUGAUGGGUUAACUUUGCAUAAACCCACGUGAACUUAUGAAAGGAGGAAUACUGGAAGUGCUUCUCGUUAAUGCUCAUGGCAUUAAGCACACAAAUAUUAUCGGAAGGCCGGUGUAUUACGUGAUCAUACAAUGUGGGACAAAGGAAUGCAGGAGCAAAAUUUCAAAAGGUGAAUAUGACAGCGCGACAUGGAACCAAAAGUUUGUGUUUCGGUUCCCCUUAUCUCAGUGGAGGAAUAUGCCCUACAUCAAAUUCAGAAUCAUGGACAAGGAGUUCUUCAACGACGGUGGAUUUGUUGGUGAAACCAUAAUCCAUCUUGGUGGGAUACUAACUGAAGGAAGCGACAGGGGAUACAUAGAAGUAAUGCCGGCUCCUUACAAUGUUGUGCUUGAUGAUGCUACUUAUAAAGGAGAAAUUAAAAUUGGGUUCAAAUUCUUUGCACUUGAGAAGUUGCAGGGACAACCAUGGGAAGCGAACGUAGAAGGAAAAGGCACUAAAGACUCGACAGUUCCACCGAUCAUGAAUAUCUGGAAGCUCCCGUUGUUGAAGUUUCUGCUGUAUUGCUUCAAGAAAUCAGCCAAGUACCGACUCAAGGAGAACUAAGAUGAUGCUGGUUAGCAACAGAACCCUUUACACGGAAAUCAGAAUAUAGGAACAUAGGUAGCUGCACGGACGAGGUGUCAAUGCAAAAGCUUCACAACCUUAAAGUCCAUGGCCACUCUUAUUCCCGAAGUCGUCUGCUCAACCUGUUUCUUGCCAACUUCAUAUAUAAACUCAAAUCCUUCAAACUUUAACGUUUCUUUAUUCAAACAAAAUCAGAAUUUAUUUCCUUUUUGAAAAUUGAAUCGUAUCUGUUACUCGUUUUGUACAAGUUAAUGGAGUGCAUGCGCACUUUUAAAUA